AAUCAGGCGACGCCUCUACGUAAACCCUGCGUCAGUCACUGUGUCGCCUUCUAGAAAUUAUACAGACUUGGAAAUGGCCAGUCAGUCAAUGGAGGUUGUUGCGAAAGCUCUGGAGCAGCAGGUGCUGCAGUCGGCACGGGUGGUGGAAGAGCAGCUGGAUGCAGAACUACAGCAGUUGCAGACCAUGGAUGAAGAUGACCUGGAUCGGCUCAAGGAGAGAAGGCUCGAGGCCCUCAAGAAAGCUCAGAAACAGAAGCAGGAGUGGAUAUCUAAAGGACAUGGUGAAUACAGAGAGAUCCCAAGUGAGAGAGAUUUUUUUGCAGAGGUGAAGGAAAGCAAAAAUGUUGUCUGCCAUUUCUACAGAGACUCUACAUUCAGAUGCAAAAUUUUGGACAAGCACCUAGCUGUCUUGGCUAAGAAACAUCUGGAAACAAAGUUCAUCAAACUGAAUGUUGAGAAGGCUCCAUUCCUAACAGAGAGGCUGAAGAUUAAAGUCAUUCCAACGCUGGCUCUGGUUAAGGAUGGGAAGACUAAGGAUUACAUUGUGGGCUUCACCGAUCUGGGCAACACAGAUGAGUUUCCAACUGAAAUGCUGGAGUGGAGACUGGGCUGCUCAAGUAUUAUAAACUACAGUGGGAAUAUUUUGGAGCCACCAACAAUGGGGCAGAAGUCAGGGAAAAAGUUCACCAAGGUGGAGAAAAAGACCAUCAGAGGCAAAGGGUAUGACUCGGAUUCUGAAUCUGAUGAGGAUUAGAGGAACAAAACAUCAAGCUCCGUCUUUCUCAGGGCUUCCAACAUAACAGUCCUAAGUCUUGCAACACCUCUUUGUGAUCACUUGUUUUUCUUGCCGUGUCUAUUUAAUUUGUGUCUCUCACCUUUGUCCUAUGUUUGAUCAUUUUAUGACCAAAUAUCACCUAUUUAAUUCAUAUUCCUUUACAUGUGUUUUAGAAGUGAAACAUUUGUAUGGAGCAUCAUACUAGUAAAUGUUCACUCUUUUUAGCUCUUACUAAUAAGGAAGAUUGAGUUUCUGCAAGAUGGAACAACCGGAAGCUUACGUUUAAACAAUGGUGCAAAAAAAAAAAAAUUAAAAAAAAAAAAUAUUUCUGCCUCUAAUCAUGGACUGAUGCACAGUUUAGUGAGCAUCAAACAAGUGCCAAGGAAGCAAGCUUCUGUAUUCCACUAUGAAUUGUCACCUCUUUCUCCCAUUGAUGUGAAAGAAGUGCAGGCUAUUUUCUUUUGUAGCAGUACAUGACUCAUUAAAAAAAUUGUAUAUAUA